AUGAGUAGCGGGAGCACGAGCGCCAGCACUGCCGGUGGAGCAGCCACUGCUGCGGAUGCAACCACAUCCUCUUCAUUCUGGCGCAAUAACAGCCGGUCCAUACCCGGAAGGCCGACCACGGUUACGAAUCGUAUGGGAAGUGGACGUACGAUCGGUUCUACUUCGUCCGGUGCCAGCUCGUCAUUCCAGGAUUAUCAAGAUUCGGUGAGCGAUGCGUGGGAUUUGGGUGAUGAUGAGUUUUGCAUCAUCUCCGGCGUGAUGGACACCCGCAUAUCAAAACGAGCUUCACAAACGGCGGCCCUGAAUGUGAUCAAAACUCACAAGAGUGGUAAUGGCGCAGGUAAACUACAGAACAGUUCGCGUUCGGACCCGCUGGAAUCAAACGCUACAUUGGCUAGAUCCGAAUCUGUUCGAUUAGAGCACCAGCAAGGAGAAGAUGUUGCCUCACACGGAACGCCGCCGGUAUCAAAUGAAAAUUUAGAUGUACAACAGCAGCACCAGCGGUCGCAGACGAACGACGGUACGGUUUACGUGAACGAUCAGCGCCUUCGUCAACGGUUUCAUGCAUACCCUGGACGCCCGCAGCUGUUGAAACUCUCCUCAAAUGUGGCCUCCAAGGAUGUGGAGUGCGAAUCGAAGUACGAAAAGUUUAGCAACAUUCUCGAGGCGCCUCUCCUCAAUCUACUCGCGCUAAAGGAGCUCAGCUGGUCGGGAGUGCCUCGCAAAAUGCGUGCCGUCACCUGGAGACUGCUCUCGGGCUACCUUCCUACCAGCCUGGAACGGCGCCAGACGGUACUGGAACGAAAGCGGGUCGACUAUCGAAAGCUGGUGCAACAGUACUUCGACGCGGACUGCCGGGACGAAAGCCAACAGGACACAUACCGUCAGAUACAUAUCGACGUUCCCCGAAUGAAUCCGCACGUGGCUUUAUUCCAGCAAAAGCUUGUGCAGGAAAUGUUCGAGAGGAUACUGUUUAUCUGGGCCAUUCGACAUCCGGCGUCAGGGUACGUGCAGGGUAUCAACGAUCUCGUAACACCGUUCUUCAUCGUCUUCCUUCAGGAAGCUGUUGGAGCAGAUAAAGAUUUGGAACAGUGCCAACUGAGUGACCUCAGCAUAGAGCAGCGAGAUAUUAUAGAAUCGGAUUCGUUUUGGUGUUUGUCCAAAUUUCUUGAUUGCAUCCAGGAUAAUUACAUUUUUGCCCAACUCGGCAUUCAAGCAAAGGUGAACCAGCUGAAAGAACUCAUUCAACGUAUCGAUGGAUCGCUGCAUCGACAUUUGCAAACACACGGAGUUGAUUAUCUACAAUUCUCUUUCCGAUGGAUGAAUAAUCUUCUAACUCGCGAACUGCCACUCUAUUGCACCAUCCGGCUAUGGGACACGUAUCUAGCCGAAUCGGAUGGGUUUGCCGUUUUUCAGCUUUACGUUUGCGCCGCAUUUUUGCUCCACUGGCGGGACCAAUUACUACAGGAAAAAGAUUUCCAGGGAUUAAUGCUGUUGUUGCAAAAUCUACCCACACACAACUGGAUGGAUUCCCAUAUCGGAGUGCUGGUGGCGGAAGCAUUUCGCCUGAAGUUCACCUACGCUGAUGCCCCGAAACAUCUCGAGGCCAAAAGUUGACCCAUAAUGGCACUGGAAGGAGGGUAUUAUCAUAACUACUGUAGAAACUACUUGUAUAAGUUUAUCUGAAUACCACACUGAAUGUUUUGCUAAGCUGUAUCGAAGCGAGAUUUAGAACGUUUAAGUAUGGAAACAUUAAUUGAAGGUAUUAUGAUGAACAGGGUAUAUGAUGGUAGCGUGUCGAGAGAGAAUUAGUAAAGAUAACCUUGGCAGGAUUUCUUGUUGAACAGGAACUGCUUUUCCACUUAUGAACCAGAGGAAAGAAAAUGUCCAAAACGAAUACGUAUUGCAGUAGCGUGAAUUGGAGUGGAUAUUAGUUAUUUCAUUUUCAUCAUUUGAUCUAAAGCAUAUGUAAAUUUUUUUCUGUUAACGGUCACUUUAUAUAAAUCAUCGACGAAGAAAUCAAAUCAGAGUUCUUUGGUUUCCCCAUUUAUUGCCGGCAACUGUAAGAACUUAGUUCAUCGAAUAAAAAUGGAAUUAAAAACAUUAAAAUCCACACACAUGAGCAUGAUUAGGGAAAGAACAAAUAUGAGACAAAAGGGUUUUGCAACAAUAUUACUGGACUUCUGGAAUUGCCAAAAGUGGCAGGUAGUUAUAACAUCGAAGGCAAGUGACAAC